UUCUGCAGUGGCAAUACUGUCACUGUUCUUUCAAAUCACUAUCUGUUGUUAUUCCUUCGUUGGCUUCUUUGAGCCUUGUUCUAUCUCUAGCCAAGAUGCCUCUUAGCAAACCUCUCAGGAGCGUUUUAGUGACGCUGCCAAACUCUGUCGUGCAUAAUUUCAACCUACCUGAAUCUGCCACGGGAAUGGACUGCUUGGAAAUGAUAUGUUCACAGCUCGGGGUAGUCGAGGUUGACUAUUUUGGCCUCAGAUACAUUGAUCACCAUGGUAUCUAUCUCUGGGUGAAUCUCCGCAUGAAUCUAGCAGUACAGAUCAAGACUGCUUCUCCUGCCCAACUCUACCUCAAAGUGAAAUAUUUUGUCGAUCCACAGACACUCCAGCAGCCUAGCACUAAGCAUUUGUUUUACUUGCAAAUCAAGUCUUUAAUGGCUAAAGGCCAGCUCCCUAUUCCGGUUAAAGAAGCACCAAAAUUUGGAGCUUUGAUAGCUCAGUCCGACUUUGGAAACAGCUCAAGCCUCAGCAAUAAGUUAUGCUACCCGCAAUACUUUAAAGAUUGGGCACCUGGCAUUGCCAGAGGGAUAGCCAAGGAGCACUCAAAACUAAAUGGAAUUGAAACAACUGAUGCAGAGAACUUGUUCCUUACUAAAGCUUUCAAGCUGGAGAACUGGGGAGUCACUUAUGUCAAAGCUACAAACACUGAAGACAACUCCUCGUGCUAUGUUGGGAUUGGAGGCCUCCACAUUAGAAUAUGCAAUACACAGUGGAGACUCGUAAAGAAGAUCAGUUAUGAUUAUCUCCAAGAGGCUUCUUUCCGUAACAAGAUCUUCACCAUCUCUUAUCGCUCGGUUGGCCAUCAAGGAGAGCACAUUGACAAGCAGCUAUUCUUUCGUUGCCCUCACCACCGAAUCGCUCGCUACCUCUUCCGUCUCCUCACCGAGGACCACACCUUCUUUUGUCACGAGACGGUGAGCGAGAGAGUUCUUGAUCAUGUUAGGAUCCGCCCGUGGCAGCAAGUCUGUAAGAAAUACUUUGGUCGCACGUACCAUCGUAUUUAUCAUUUCGAUGUCGUUCGUACGCAGCACGAGGCUUAUUCUCAUGCCUGGGAGAGACUCCAUCAGGUCAACCAGGAGUCGCUGAACAGCAGACUGGCCACAGUGAGCAGUGCUGCCGCUCCUAGUAAUGGAGCUGCUGGGUCUAAUGAUACCGGGAGUAGCAGUCAGAGCAGUGAGAGAGGAGAGAAUUUAACCAGCUUCACUGACAAUGAAAGCAAUAGAGAUUGCAUUGACACUAAUGUCCUCCUUCCUGAGUCACCAUCAGAGUUCUCUCGUGUCAAUCUCAUUCAGUUUGGUCUCUCCAAGAGUAGCUGUGACAUUGCCAAAGAGCUCCUUGAGACACCAGAGGACCCCAACACGUCUAGCCUCAUCGACUCCGAGCUCCAGACAACAAGUAAACAAGACCCAAGCAAAGAUGAGAGCGAGACCACCCCUCCCCCGCCUCAGACAGAGAGGAGAGGCUCGGUCUGUCUCACUAAAGAAGGAACAAUCAAACUCGGACAGUUUAUACAAAAAAUUGUCGACUCCAAGUUAUGCCGCGUGUGCAUGGAUAGUCCUGUGUCGGCUGUCUUCUGCCCGUGUGGUCACCUGAUCUCUUGUUAUAAGUGUGCACUGGAGUGUACCCAGUGUCCUCUCUGUCGCUCCACCAUCGCUUAUGUACAAUAUGUAUACGGGUCAGGACUAUAGGACUGAG